AUGGAAAGAAAAGGGAAUUUUAUGGUAGCUCCAUACGUAGCGAUAUUUAGAGCGUUAUAUGAAGAGGUGAAAGAGAAAAGAAAAACAGAAGAUCUUUCAUUAAAAUUAAUCAAAGAAGCUACGCGAAUAAAGAAUUAUAAUGAUGAAGAAUUUAAAGAAGAAAUAAAAAAGAAAGAAGAAGAAUAUUAUGGGAUGGUACUUGAAAUAAUGGAAUUAAAUAAUGUAAAAUUGAAUUUGUUAGUAUUAGAAUUAAUAGAACAAUUUAUUAAAGAUGAAUUAAUAAGAGAUAUAUGGUUUAGUUCAAUAAUUAAAUCAAUUUGUAAAAUUCAAAUGAAAGAAGAAAUUCGAUCAAAAAUACUUUCAAUUUUCAAUACGAUAUUUGAAUCAAAUAAAUAUAUUCAUUCAUUUUAUAAUGGAAGUUUAAUGGAUGUUUAUGUAUUAUUAUUUGAAUUAGCAAAUAAAAAUAAUGGAAUUGGAAUAAAUGAAAUAAUAUUUAAAACGACAAUAAAGUUAUUUAAAAUAGCAAAUAAUGAUUGUUUAAAUCAAAAAGAAGAAAAUGAAAAGAAUAAUAAUUUAAUAAAUGAUUUAAGUAUAUUAUUAAAUGAACUUUGUAAUUUAAUAAUAGGAGAUAAAUCAACAAUAAUUAAAAAUAAUAAAAUUCAAAUACCAACAAAUAUUAUUUGUACUAUUGUAUUAUCAAAUCAUCAAUUAUUUGAAAAACUUAAUUUUAAAGAGUGUUUAUCAUCAGUUAUAAUCGAAUUAUGUAUAAAAUUAUUAGAUAAUAAUGAGUUUGAUCAAAGUUUAUAUUCAUUAAUUACUGGAUUAUUUACUCAAUAUGAAAUACCUACUUUUAUGACAUUGUUUUCAAAAGUUAUUCAAUGUAUUUCUACUACUAAAUCUAAAGAAAUACAAUUUGCAUUACUUCAAUGUAUAUUAAAUGAAUUUUUAUGUUCUUUUGAAAAACAUGAUACUCGACAAAUAUUACCACCAGCAAAUGAAUUUUCUGAAUUUGCAAUAAAGAAAUAUCAAGAAUAUAUAAAUCAACAAAUAGUAAUACCAUUUUCUUCGUUUAAACUUGUAAGUGAAUUUAUUACAAAAACACCUCAAACAGAAUUAAUAGAAGAAAGUAAUUGUUGUAUUAUUACUAAAAUAAUUAUUAGUAUCGUCACCUUUUUGUUAGCAGAUAAAGACUCUUUACUUAUUUUAGACAAUCAAUUUAAAAAUAUUUUUAAUGUUGUUGAAGAACAAUUACGUUAUUUUAUUGAAUUGCCUAUUCCCAUUCCAUUAUUUAAAGAAUAUUUAAUAUUUGUUUUUAAUGUUGUUUCUUUAUUACUUUCAAAUAACCUUCAUGAAGAAUCAAUACGUAUUAUAAACAUGAUUAUUAAUACUUCUGGUCUUAUUCCUUAUCAACAAAAUAUUAGUCAAGAAUUUAAUGAAAAACAGUUGACAUGUGUAAAUUGGUUAAAAGACUGUAUUAAAGAAUUUUCAAAUUCCUUUCAAACCAAAGAAUUUCUUAUAAUAUUACCAUUUUUAUCAUCAUUAAAUACAAUUGCAAAUAUAUGUCCAUUAAUUCAAACAAACGAUGAAAUAAUAAAUACACCAAAUUAUUAUUUGAAUGAAAGUGAUUUAAUGAAUGAUGAAUUAUAUUGUAUUUAUAUUAAAACAUUAGUAGAAUUAUGUCAAACAAUAAUUGAAAAUUAUUAUCAAGAAUCAUUUAAAAUAGACAAAUAUUAUUUUGAUCAAUUAUUUAAUUCUAUUAAACUUCAUCCAAAAAGAUUUCUUUUAAUAAAAGAAUAUAUUAAAUCAUUAUUUAUUAAUACUGCUCUUCACUCUGAAGAAUUAAUUAACUCAUACUUUUUUGAUUUAACUAAUUCUAUUCUGUCUCAACGUUCAUCAAAUGUAUUUCAAAAAGAUUAUAUUCUCUUUUUAUUUGAUGUUUCAAUUCCAAUAAUUAAAUCAACUAAUGUUAAAGCUAAAAGAUCUUUGAUUGAUAGUUAUACCACUUUUAUUGAAAAUAUAAUAAUAACACUAAAUGAUUCUAUUGAUCAAUUAUUUAAAGAAUUAUCAUUCUGUUCAAAUUAUGAUAUUGUUAGUCAAUCAUUUAAUGUUUUGAAAGAAAUUUGUAAACCAAAUAUUUUAAGACAAUUUUCAUUUAAACAAAUGAAUUAUGUAUUGGAAACUUUAAAAUCUUUUUUAAAUCAAAAUAACGAUUUAAAUAUCGCUUUAUCAACAAUUGAAUUACAAUGGAGUUUAUUAGAACUUAUUAGUCAAACACCAGAACUUAAUUUUAAACAAGAAAUUAAAGAAUCAUUAAUGAUGAUUCUUUUUAAUGAAUUAUUAAAUGAAAUAGAUGAUGAACGGUAUGACAUUUGGUUUUCAGCAGCACAAACAUUAUUAAGAGCAAUAAAGGAUCAAGGAGUUUGUUUAAAAGAAGAAGGAUGGAAAAAAUUAAUAACAGAAGUAUUUUAUUCAGCAUUUCAAAAAUUAAAAGUUAUUGUAUAUCCACGAAUACUUAAUACUACAGACAUUCCAUUAAGAGAUGAUAUUAAAAAAAGUCAUAUUAUUUCUCGAGUAUUAACUGAAAUAAGAAGAUGGAAUGAUUCGAUAAUUGCUGACCUUUCAUGUGUUAUGAGAUCGUUAAAAAUAAUAUUUGAAAAGUUUAGUGAUGAAGAAACAAAGAAACAAGUAUUUAGAUAUAUUCUUGGAUUUACUGAUUUUGCUUUCUUUCAACCAACAGUAUUUGGUAUUGAAGUUGGUAUUAAAUAUGUAUUUAAAUUACUUCCUAUUGUUUAUGAUUCUUCAAUAUUUAAAGAAGUAGAUGAAAGUUUAGCAGAUGAUACAUUAGAUGUAAUUGAAAUGAUAAAUGACUUUUUAAUAUUUAAUGAUGGAGUGUUUAGUGGAGUAGCAAUAUUAUAUUUAAAUAUGUUAUGUGAUUCUUAUAGUAUUUGUGGAAUUAAAUUAAAAUACAGAAUAAUUGAAAUGAUAAAGAAAUUUAUUUGUUUAUUCCCAAAUGAUUUCUUUGUUUCAGAGAAUAGUGGAACAUUGAUUCAAGAACGUUAUAUAAAAGCAUUAAAUUCAUUUAUUAUUGAUAAAGAUUUUGAAAAUAUUAAAGAUAAAUUUGAAACCACAGUUCUUUGGUGUUUAGAUACUAUUCUUGAUAUUGAAAAAAUAAACGAAAGAGCUAAAACGUCUAAGUGGUGGGGAAUUAAUGAAUUAAUUAAAAUAUUAAUGAAUUUUACUCUUGAUGAACAAAUAAUACAAAGAAUUAUUCGAUCACAUGAAACAAUUAUUUCUUUUUUUAUUGAACCAAAUAAUCAAUUACAAAGAAGUGAAUCUCAAGAAAAAGUAUUUCUUAAUAAAUCUUUACACUAUAAAUUAGAAGUACAUCAAUUAUUAUUUGAUAUUCUUUCUCAAAAAUUAAAAACUAUUGAUUCUAUUAAUGAAAUAAAUGUUAAAAUAAUAGAAAUUACUAAUAUAAUCAAAUACAAAGAAGUUAAUGAACAAUUCUUAAUUGAAAAUGAUACUCAAAUAUUUACUCCUCUUGUCAAUUUUCUUCAAAUUAUAAAAACAAAAUCAAUAGAAAAAUCACAAAUUGAUGUAUUUAAUUAUUUUAUUGAUUAUGGAAUUAAACCAUCUUUACAAUUUAAAACAUACGGUCAAACUCUUUCUCAAGAAUGUCAUUCAAUAUUAAUUAAUUGUUAUCUUACAUUCAAUGAUAUUUCUAAAAAAUCAAAAUGUGCUGAUGUUUAUGUUACACAUAUGAACCUUAUUACUAAUAAUUAUUUAUUGAAUGUAGAAGGAUAUAGAGAACAAUGGUGUGUUUUAGAGUUACUUUAUUCUAUUAAACAAAUAUUUCCUCAAAUAAUAUCAAACAAACCCUCAUUAGGAAAUGGAUUAACAAUACAAUGGAUAUACUCUCUUUUAAUUAAAUUAAUCUCAUCACCUCAUCAACCAAUACGAGAGUUAAUUCAACCACAAUUAACUUCCAUUGGAGAUUUAUAUUUUCAUUAA